GCGUGCUGCUGGGAGUUGUUUGGAGGUUUGCGGCGCGAGUCUGAAGUCCUUCAGGCAGAGCGAUUAUGUCGCACAAACAGAUUUAUUAUUCGGAUAAAUACGACGACGAGGAGUUCGAGUACCGGCAUGUCAUGUUGCCCAAGGAUAUAGCCAAGCUUGUCCCUAAAACUCAUUUGAUGUCUGAAUCUGAAUGGAGGAAUCUUGGUGUUCAGCAGAGUCAGGGAUGGGUCCACUAUAUGAUCCAUGAACCAGAACCUCACAUCUUGCUGUUCCGCCGGCCACUACCAAAGAAGCCAAAGAAAUGA